AUGUCAAGAGAUAUGGAGCUAAGGUUUUCAAUCAUGAAUUUCCACAAUCAGUUAAUGGCUUUUGCAGCUAUUCUGCUGUCUGCCCAGAGUUUUACUUCGGCAGCUCAGAGUGAACUGACUUACGAACAAAUGCAACUUAGAGUAGCUAAUGCUGCUUUGCUACCUAAAAGCCAAAUGCACAAGGUCAUAAAUAUGAGAGAUAUUCUUCUGAAAACUGCAAAAUACUCAAAAGAUUGCACCAGUCUCCGUCGCCGAGGUUUCACUGAAAGUGGCCUCUACGUGAUCCAGCCAGAACCGACAAAAAGAACGCCCCUUAUUGUGGUCAACUGUGACAUGACCUAUGACUGCGGUAUCGGAUACACCGUGCUGCAUCGGAACAGCAAAGGCAGCGAAUUGACGUGGAACGAGACAUGGACUACAUACAAGUACGGGUUUGGCAACAUUCAGGGUGACCACUACAUUGGCAACGAAUACAUGUACUACUUAACUAACCAGAACUGGUAUAAAGCAAGAAUAAUUAUAGAUGGAGAGAGCUACGCUGAGUAUGACAUCUUCCGGUUAGAUAAUGAGAAGACACAGUAUAGGCUGUAUCUUGGUGCAUACAGGGGUAAUGCUGGUGAUGCACUUGCAAAUAAUGCAAACAUGGUUGAUAAUAUGCCAUUUAGUUCAAGAGAUAAGGAUGCUGAUGGUGAUGCAGCUAACUGUGCUUCAAAGUAUGGUGGUGGGUGGUGGUUUAACACUUGCUCUACUGCAAACCCAUUUGCCAUGUUGACCCAAAAAGAGAACAUUCACUGGGAACCUUUCGACAAGGCCGCUAAGCAUGUCACUCUCAUGGUCAAACCUGUCAAAAUGUAUUGCCGCUCUGAAGGUUACUAA